AUGGCCACACCGCCUCUUCUCCGUUUGAUUCCAGUUGCGACCUCUAAGUCCCGCGUCGCAUCCCAGCUUCCUAAACGAUACAGCCUUCAGAUAGCUUGCAAUGUGAAGCCAAACGGAUCCAACAACCGCGAGGGCAUCAUCAGUAUAAAUACAGACCGGGUUGAUGUAUGCGUCGCCGCAGUACCUCGGAACGGCGAGGCAAAUACAGCAGUGUCUCGCGUUCUGGCACAAGCCUUCAAAGUCCCCAAAUCAGAUGUAGAAGUGAUUCGCGGCCUCAAGUCGCGCGACAAGACCCUCAGCAUAGCCAACCUGGACAUUGGAUCCCAAAGCGAAGACGAGUUCCUUCAACAGGCGCACGAGAAAUUGAAGAAUGCAUUGGUAUGA